AUGGCAUCCGUAAAAACCUAUGGUGACCGAAACAGCAGACCCGAAGAAUGCGACGAGCGAAGCAACGGAAGUCUUCUAUCGCAUGGAAACUCGGAUUCUGAGGUUGUUCUCGAGUUGGACGACAAGAAGGAGAUCACGGACAAGAAGGACGAGCAGCAUGCAGACACGCCCAAAGGAGAGGAGCUAGAGAUGAGAGGUAGAAGGGUGCCAAGGUAG